AUGGAUUCUGGAAUGUUUCCGAAACGCCCGAAUUUUCAAGAAACCGAUGAGGAUUUGCUGAAAAUGCAGGAGGAGUUUGAAAUGUCGAAAAAUAAAAAAUCGGUGGAAAUUCAUCGGAUGAAGAAAAGGGUAAAAUUGGAGGAGGAACAGAUAAAAGGUGAAUUUUUAGAUAGAAUUUUCAGUUUUUGAGAUUUUACAUGCUAUCAGAUUGAAAGUUAGGCAUUUUAUUAACAAUCAAUAUUUUUCAUGUUGGAACUUCUAACUGAAAUAAACAAAAAUUUAGUCGUAGGUUUCACUGAAACAAUUUCGAAAACAUUUUUUUCAGAAUCCCUCCCAAAACAACCAACCAACGAAAAAAGCUGGUCGAUUCACCAUCGAAUUAGAUGAUAUUCGCGAAGAAUCUGAUGCUCAGGGAAUUCUUUUUCCAAUUCGAGAAAGGAAUAAUGAUUGGCUGAAUUCAGAUAAAAGAGAUGAAAUUAUCCGAAACAAUUUUUCAUCGUUCAAUUUCUCAAAAGAUGAUGGAUUUCCGGAAUCUUUGGAUUUAUCAAGUUAUUAUUUGAAUGAACCAGGAACUUCGAAACGAUUGGCUCAACCUGGAAAAAGUUUUUUCGCCACGGAAUUCGAUAGAAUUCAUGGAAAUAUGGAAGAGAAUUUGGAUUUUGCCAGAGAAAUUGAGGAAUCGGAAGAGAUUUCGAAAGAUCAGGGAGAUUUUGAAGCGGAAAAUGAGAGUUAUCUGAAGUCCUUGGAUAUGGAGAAGAUUAAUGAGUUGAAACAAGAGAUUCAGGAACGAUUGGAUCCGAAACUUAUUGAUUUUUUGGCGAAUCGCAGAAAGAAUAUGCAGAAAAAAGAUGGGAAAAUAGAGGAAAAACCAAAGAUUUCAAAAUUCAAAGCCAGAAAACUUGCGGAAAAAUCGAUAGGGAAACCGCAAGAAUCUCAAGAGCCUAAAGAAGAGCUCCAAAAUCCUCCAGAACCAAAAGAAGAGGACAAAUCUGCAGAACAACAACAAAUCACAAUUCAAGAUAUGCUGAAUGAAUUAGAAGUCCUAGACGAGUUCAAAAAUCGGGAAGAUCGAGAAAAAUAUGAUAGAUUGGCGACGGAUGCGAUACAAUUGGAUUUGACAGCGAAAUUCGGCCGGAAUGUUGUAUCACGGCAACAGAAGAAUGCGUUGCGGCUGUUUGAGAAUUGUAAACUGUUGCCGAAUGAGUGAGUGAAUUUUGGGCUGGAUUUUAGGACUGGAAAUUUCGUGUAUUCCGAAUCUGAAUAAGAGGACAAAGUUUUCCAGUGCAUUUCUUGUCCCUUUAUGAAAGAUUAAGUGAUUUUUUUAUCGAAAGUUGUUAUGAACAUCGUUCAAUUUGCAUUUCGAAAAAAAUAUCUCAACUUACAACUUAAAUCUCAACUUGUUAGUGUAAAUUUUGAAACGUAUUAUUUUCUAAAAAAAACUCACGUGUCUCUCUUUAAAAUUCCUGAUACUUUAUGGGGUGAUUCAGGUCGAAAAAAAAACUAAAAAAAAACAUUUUUUUACAAAAAAAUUCGAUUCAGCAAAUGUCAAAAAACUAUAUUUUCUUCUAUUUCUCGACAUUUUUUGACAUUUUUUUUCAUUGAAACAUUUUCGCUGCGAGAUAUCUCUCAUUUUUGUGUGGAAAAAAAUAUAGUUUUUUGACAUUUGCUGAAUCGAAUUUUUUUGUAAAAAAAUGUUUUUUUUUAGUUUUUUUUUCGACCUGAAUCACCCCAUUACAAAAAUCCAAACAUUUUUGCAGCUACGAUGGAAAUGAUAAACUCAUCGAAUUGGCUCGAUCUUCAAUUGGCCAAAUUCAAAAUCUAUAUCUCGAGGAAAUCGAAUCAUCUGGCCAUCGAAGUUUCGAAUUUGCCAAAGGCCUAAAUCCAAUAAUUGAUAAUUGUUGGACUCUUAUUCCAGUUCGUCGAGUUUUGGACGCAGUCGAAAAACGGCAUGGCCAAGUUCUCGAAGAUGAUGUUGAAAUUGUUCGUUUGGCUCUUUUGUGGACACUUUUAUUAUUCGUCGAAAAGAAAUCCGCAUUUUUUUGCCUUCUGUCAGCCAAAUGAGAUUUAUAUUCAUUUGUCGGAAGUUUUUUUAAUUGGACCUGAAAUUUUGGCAGAUGAUGUGAUUGUUGAAUGUUGUGAGAGAAUUGAAAGAGAAUAUAUUGUAAAAUCAGCUGAAGAAUGUAGAAUUAGUAUUCGGAUGAAUGCGAAGAUUGCUGGAUUGGAUGCUUUUAUGCCGUUGUAAGUUUUUUGAGUUAAUUUUUGAAUGAAAAUUUAGUAUUUUUUGAAACCAGACAAGUCUAGGAGUAGAGAUUUUGGGUUACUGUAUGAACAUGCAAUUUCAAAACAAUUUUGAGGAUCAGAAAAAUUUAAAUUUCAAGCUUUAUCAAAUUCAGUUUCGUUUUGAAAUAUUAGAAUUAUUCCAGCUACGAAAACAUGCUGAAAAACUACGAACAGUAUUCUCUGGGAAAUGUCCAAUUUGCUCGUUCAAUUCUAAUCGCCGCUUAUUUGAAUACACCAAUUGGUGACAGCAUUGAAUAUCGAUUUUCACUUUGGACACCAAAACGAAAAAUCAUUCGGCAAAUGACAAUUUCGAAUCAAAAUGCCACAGAUAUUUUGCCAAUUAUCAAAAAACAAAUCGAAGAAAAUGAGAAAUUGAUUGAUGAACAAUUUUAUGUACAAUAUUGUUCAUUAUUAGGAGCUUAUGUUGGAGCAAUUCGAGAUGAAAUUGUGACGAAAAAUCGAAAUGAAUUGAUGUGGGAAAUUGCGAGUUUUGAAAUUGGAAGAUUUAUGAAAAGAUUUGGGCAAAAUAAAGGAGAUUUAGAGAAAUUGAGACAAUUUGAAUUGUUGGCCGAUAUUAUUCGAAAAUCGAUUGGUGAUAAAUUGGUGAUCUAG